CCUGUUACACCCCUUCGACUCGUGUCAAGACCAAUCCGCCCAACGUUAACAGGACAAACCAACGACUAUUUCCACACACAGAAAACUUCCAGUACACAAAAACCACAGAUGAUUCGACAAACUAUGAAUUUAAGAUCAUCAGCAAGAGGAUUUCUAGCUUUCCUUCUUUCACUCCCAGUGCUGAAGGCUGAUUACUGGAUUACUUACCCAUCUAAUAAUGUCUGCGCUCCAAGAGGAUCGACGGUUGACAUCACCUGCCAAUUGAAAUACCCUAAAGCACAGCACGUUGAUACCACAGUCCAGGAGCCACGGUGGUUUCAUAAAAGAGAUGUUGAUGUGCAAAAAGAUACAGACUAUGCUGGUCGUGUUAAAAACAAUUGCUACAAGCCCAAAUGUACCAGGGUCAGCUGUAUUGUAAAGUGUACCCUGAGCAUCAGUGACCUGAGACAGAGUGACUCUAGUGAGUACAAGUUCAGGUUCAGAACAUACAAUACAGUAACCGCCAAUAUACUGGAAUAUACCAGUGACCUUGGAGAGACGCUAUCUGUGACAGGUCUCCAGGUGAAAGUGUCCUUUCCUAUCCGUCCUAACCGAGCAUCCUUGGAAUGUCACAGUAUGUGUGGUCUAGCUGGUAACCCUACCUACAUCUGGAUCAGCAAUGGUCAGUCACCAAGAGAAGGAAUGAAGUACCCUGGCAUUGUUCGGCCUCAAAAUAGCUAUUCAUGUGCUGUUAAAGGAUAUGAACAUUUCCCCUCUCCUUCAGUGUACGCUCCAAAGACCCCCGCAGUGACCGUGAGUCCCUCUGGGGGAAUAGAGGCGGGCAGUUCAGUAGCUCUGAGCUGCAGCAGUGAUGCCAACCCAGCAGCUGACUACACCUGGUUCAAACAUGGUGACUCAAUGGGACAAUCAGGACAGAACUACACCAUCACUGAUAUCACAUCUGAGCUUGGAGGAAGCUAUUACUGUCAAGCACAUAAUGCAAUCGGACGUCAUAAUUCCACCCUUUUCUUCAUUAAUGUUACAGAGACAUCAUCAUCACAGAUAACAGCAAUAGCUGGAGGGGCAGUUGCUGUCUUACUGGCCUCCAUACUCCUUCUUGUUCCAUUCCUCUGGAUGAGAAGAAAGAAGGCCUCCAGAAAAGUAUCUGGAAUGGUGACAGAUACCGUAGAUGAGCCAAUUCCUGUUCCUGUGUAUGACAACGUCUUAGCUCUGACCAAUCGCUCAGCUCCUGCAGCACAGAUAGAACCAAAAGAACAGCAGGAUGACCUUCACUAUGCCAGCAUCAUCCUCUCUCACCCAGAGAACCAGGAAGUGCCUCGCUGUGUGGCUGGCUCCCGUGUCCAACCAGAUCAGAUCGAGGAGGUCCUUUACUCUGUGGUCAAGGCUUAAAGACCCAAUGCUGUCCCUGAGGACUGUGAUCUGACAGAGACAGAAGGAACCUCAGAGUUGUACAGAACCGUCAAAUAACACCCUACACUUUGAUCCACUGAGCAGCAGGAUUUAUAAUAAUAAUAAUAAUAAUAAUACAUUUCAUUUAGAGGCGCCUUUCAAGACACCCAAGGUCACCUUACAGAGCAUAUAGUCAUAUAUAAGGAUAAAGAAUACCUUAUUCUGUUCAAACAGGACACUACGCUGGCUGAGGGUUGGCUGGAUAUGCCUAAAUGUGCAUGCAAAUGCGAAUGAAAAUACAUUAGAUUAAGAUGUAUGCAACGAUGAUACCAGAUUAAAUCAAAUGUAGUUUAGUCUGAACUGGGUUCGAAAAACCAUCACAUCCACAGGUAUACCACCAAUGUGGCUCAUAGCGUCGGAAUAUCAUCCACCAUCUGGGCUCCAUCCUUUGUAAAAUGUGUUUGGCUGUAUGAAGCUAAACCAACUCAAACUAAUGAGAUGAUAAGACACGUGACCUAGCAGCUGUAAAUAUUUUUUAUACAGUGAUCAGAAGCCAUAUUGGCAUUGCAGCUAGCUAACUGCUUAUGUGUAAUAUCAUAAAACCGUAACUGAAUGUUACCAGAAAAUGUCUAUUAGUAAGAGGAUUGGCACUCUCUGGUAACUUCCGGUUUCUGAACUGGUUGCGGUAAACCAUCUCUGUCCAUGCGAGGGCGCCCGCGGGCGUGUGCAGAAUGAAUGGGAGUCUACGGAUUUCACCCUCAGAAUCCACUUUUCUCAGGGUGCAAUUUAGUAAAGUUGAAAGUUGCAGUAAUUUGAAAGUUGCAUUCAAAAGGGGGGGGCUAAGAUAAUACACUGAAUAAUAUACUGAAUAUUGAAUUUUAAAAAUUCUAAAAAUCCUUUCAAAAAUGUGAUGCCGACAUAUAUUUUCAGACUGCCAGUGGUCCUGCUUUAAGUUCUAAGUCACUUUGGCACUUCCUGGCAAUUGUUAUAUAGAAUAUAUACAUAUAAUAUAUAACAAUUAAUUUAGACGGAACAUCCUCGUUAAGAUUUAAGCUUGAGCUUCAGAUUCCAUCAAGCAGGGUCUCUGGUCGUUAUCAGUCGCAAGUCCGUCAAUGACCAAUCAGCAUUCAUAAGCAGAAUGCUAGCGUUUUACGGCCAAUAACGGCCCAGCCUGUAAGAAAUCGAAAGGACAUUAGUACUCAUUCCUUCGACCUUUGUAUUAUAAUCUAUUUUGAAAUUGAGGCAUCUACAAUGAUAUCUGCAAUGUUUCCACGCAAGCAAGUGAAAGAGAUCAAUUUAGCCAUCUAGCUCCAUAGACCCCCAUUCAAUCUAAGCUCGCCCGCGAUCAGUGGAAUUCUUAUGGAACUGCAAUCACGCUCGAUACAAGGGGGUUCUACAGAGGGUGCCAAGGCUCUCCGUAGACUCGCUCUGCUUUCACCUUGAAUUACAAUUUGAGUUGGCAUGACUAAAUAACUGAAUAAAGUGUGGCUAUCGCUCAUUUG